AUGGCAACGUCCCCGAAUAUUGAAGACGACUUGUAUUGGCUUCCAUCGUCAUCCUCUGGAUCACAAUGCAAAACAGGCAAGUCUUUACAGGUUGGAAUUGUUGGUGCAGGCAUAGGAGGGUUAAUGGCUGCCGUUGCGUUGCUUGACGCUGGGCAUGACGUUGAGAUUUACGAGAGAUCUCAGUUCAAGAAUGAAGUCGGAGCAGCCAUCAUGGCCCCACCCAACUCUACACGGAUUCUAGAUCACUAUGGAGUCGAUAUGCAACGUUCGCAAGCCACGGCAGCCGAGAAUAUCAUCUUCUACCCCGAUUCCUCUGAUUUGGUCAAGAGCAUCACUAUGCCAAUUACCCAUUGUGCUACAAAGUACAAGGCACCAUUUUAUUUCUUUCACCGCGUUGAUUUACACCAGGAACUGAGAAAACUCGCUACUGAACCUACCCCGACCCGAUCGCGAGUAGCACGGAUCCAUCUCGCAACAGCAGUUUCGCGCGUUGAAAUCGACGGUACGGUAACCUUGGAAGACAACACAAAGGUCAAAAAGGACCUGAUUGUCGCUGCGGACGGUAUACGGGCGUCCUUUCUCCAGACUAUACUUGGUCAUAAGCUCGAUGCUGAACACAAGAUGUCUAUGCUUCGAUUCAUGGUUCCUACGGAGGAGCUCGAAAACAAUACAGAAACUCUAGCCAUAUUCAGGGACGGGUAUUCUUCCGCCAGGAUAGUCUACCACGGAGACAAGAGCGCCGUUUUUUAUGGCUGUCGGAAUGGUAGCCUACAAAACAUUGGGAUUCUGUACCCCGGAGACGAUACUCUUCGAACUGAUUCUCGAAGCGGAGCAGACUCAACGGAUACUUUAUAUGAUAGGGUCGUUGGCGACUUUCCUCCCGCGAUUCGCUCGAUCUGCAGACGCGAACGCAUAGUUGGUCAAUGGCCACUGUACGUUAGGCAGCCGCUCGAAACGUAUGCCCAAGGUCGAAUCGUCGUGAUUGGCGACGCCGCCCAUCCGAUGCCUCCAACCCGAGCCCAAGGAGCCUCCAUGGCAAUCGAGGACGCAGCCGCUUUGGGCGUUCUCCUUUCGGACCUAGACUCUAAAGAUGAUGUAUAUCCGAGACUAGAAUUGUUUAGCAAGCUCCGCGCUCCUCGUGUCGCGUCUACGCAGGUAAUUUCGUCGAUGCACCAGUGGGAUCCCGCCAAGCUCAGGGAAAGCGAGAAGCGAUUUUUCAACGGCAAGAUUCCACAAACUCAACAGGAUCUUGAAGAAUACAGCUAUGCUAACAACGUCAUGCGUGACGCUUGGCAGCUAAAGGAGCAGUGCAAGCCUAAGCCGUAG